AUGGAGCAUCCCCAGCAGUGGAGCGCCUACGCUCCCUCCAAACAGAGCCGCUACGGCCUCGUGCCAGGCCACCAGAACACGACCACCAAGGACCCGAUGGCACGGCCUCCCGACAUGCGUGUCGUCACCGCGCUCGCUUCGCGGGGUGAGACGCUCGCCUCGACGCUGCGCGCGAUGAACGGCGGCCCUGCGACGGCGCUGCAGCACCUGAGCACGCGCGACGUCGUGAUGAUCCCUGACCUCUUCGAGCCGAGCUCCGGCUUCGUGAUGCCUCCCGACCCGUGGGCGGUGGCCGGCGGCGCGGCCAAGACCAUCUACCAGCGCCUUGUCGAGGAGAUCCAGCACGCGACGCGGCUGGAGGCGGCGCCGGCCCAGGGUGGCGGGAGCUGCCACCGCGACGUCGCCUUCUCGACCAACACCGACGGCGUCUUCACAGACGACGCCGACGGACUGUUCAAGGCGUGGCACAAGACGACCCCGCGUGCCGCCGGCGACGGGCUGGCCGACCCAAAUGGCCGCGACGGCAACGGCCACCUCAUCGUGAACGACCGCGACCGGCGGUGGCAGCUCGCGCAGCAGCGCGGCGAGGCGCCGAUGUACUCGGCGGACUUCUUCCGCAUGAAGAUCCAGGGCAAGCGGUGUGUGGGCCGGUACAACCACUACCGCGACAUGACCAACUGGAAGCCCUUCCACCACGACGCCGCCGGCCGGGACAAGGAUGCGGGCAAGGGGGGCAAGGGCGGGGGCAAGGGGGGCGGCAAGGGGGGCGGCAAGGGGGGCGGCAAGGGGGGCAAGGGGGGCGGAGGGCGCGCGCGCACGCUGCGGGGUAGUUAUAAUAAUAAUAACAAUAAUAAUAAUAAUAAUAAGACGAAGGAGAACGGCUGCAUCCUCGCCGAGUCGACGCCCACCGGCGGCGCGGGCGGCCGCAUCGACGUGGACCAGUUUGACGAGAUCGACUCGCGCCUCGGUGGUGCUCCCCGCGACGGCGACAGCGGCCGCCGCGAUGUCUACGACCGAGGCCGAGGCGGUGGCGGCGGCGGCGGUGGAGGUGGCGGCGGCGGCGGCGGCGGCAGCGAGCGCGACGCGUUUCGCGCCCGCGGCGAGUGGGGCGGCGGCGGCGGCGGCGGCGGCGGCGGCGGUCGCUACGGGCUUGAGCGGCCACUCGCCGACCGCAACGCGUCCCCGUCGCUCGACGCCGCGUUCGGGCCGGGCGAGGAGGCGCGGCGCGAGGCGCGCGCGGCCAAGUUUGGCGCGAAGGCGACCUCUGCUGAAGACCUUGGAAGGCCGAGAAACAAGCACGGGCCGCCUUUUGAGACGUCCCCGGAUCAUCCCGCCCCGCUUGGCGGCCACAAUGGCUGUGCCGAUGGCGACGGCGACGGUGUGAAGGAGGGCGAGGGCAUCAGCGAAGGUCACUGUCACGGCGAAAGCAGUGGCAACGGCGACGGCGACGGCGAUGACGGUGGCGCCAUCGAGGAUGGCGAGGGUGGCGGCGGUGACCGCGGCAGUGACGGAGACGGCGAUGGCGAGGGUGAGGAGGGCCGGAUUCUCUGGAGCUUGGACGGACUUGAGGCUGCGGUGCUUGGCGAGACGGACCCGAACGCAUCGCCGGGAGGUGACGAGUAG